AUGAAGGCCUCCCUUUCAACUCUUCUCUUCCUCGCAACAGCAGCCGGAUUAGCACAAGCUGCCGCUGCAACAGAGAAUCUCGCAGCACGAGAUAACACCCUAAGCCUCCGCGACGCCCUCCCAGAGGCCGCUGCAGAGGAAAUCUCCACAACUGCUCAAAACGACAAACGUGACGGACCAGACGGAGAAGAGAAGAAGGAGGAUGGUUUCGAUGAAGAGGAGAAGCGACGUGGAGGUGGUUAUCACAAUGCUGCUGGUCGAGGCGCCGUUCCUGUCGUGGGAGGAGUGGUGGGUGUGGCCGCUGUGAUGGCUGCGCUGUUGUGA